AUGCGAGUUGCUAAAUCUCUCAGCCUUGGAGUGGCCUGGGCCAGCGCAGUCCAUGCAGCCCUCACCGCAACAGAGGACGACAGCUCCAUCACCCUCGAAAACAACCGACUGCGAGCCAUUUUCGACAAAGAAAAGGGCAGCAUUGUCGAUAUAUACCUCGACGGACAAGAUUUCCUGGGCGAACAGGACGGGUCUACCGGCAUCGGACCGUACCUUGACUGCUACUGCACCCCAUCUGGUUUCUACACCGCCGGGUCCACGAACCCCAUAACCGAGCUGGUGCAGGGAACAGACUCAACCGGGACAAAGUACGCAGGUAUUAUUCUUAACGAUACAUAUACACCGACCGGCCAAGAAUUCCAGCAAUACUGGUUCCUGCGGGAUGGCGAGACCGGGUUCCACAUGUUCAGCCGCCUGGCGUACUACAACGAGACGACGCCGUUUCUGCGGAACCUGCAGGAAUUCCGGACUCUGUUGCGCCCGAAUACGGAUCUAUGGACGCAUUUGAGCUCGAGCGAUAUUCAGACUGCACCUUUGCCUAGUGAGGAGGCGAUUGACCAGCAGACGGAUGUGCAGGAUGCGACCUGGAGUUUUAAUAAUACGCCGAGUGAUGCGUACUAUAAGCAGUUCUCGGAGUAUUUUACGAAGUAUACCUUCUCGAACCAAUGGCGAGAUAAUGACGUCCACGGCAUGUACGCCGAUGGGUCUACCUCGGACGGGAUUACAUAUGGAGCUUGGUUGGUGAUGAACACGAAGGACACGUACUAUGGUUCGCAGGGUCCGUUACACUCCGACCUCACCGUCGACGGUAUAGUCUACAACUACAUUGUAUCCAACCACCACGGCGAAGGCACCCCAAACAUCACCAAUGGCUUCGACCGCACAUUCGGCCCGCAGUUCUACCUUUUUAACGGCGGAGAAUCCGCUUCUUUGGAGACACUCAGAGACGAAGCUAGAGACAUUGCACGGCCUGAUUGGAAUGUGGAAUUCUACGACUCCAUCGCGAAGCAUGUUAUCGGUUACGUCCCCUCUUCACAGCGAGGCAGCGUCAAGGGGUCCAUCAAUCUCCCCCAGAAUGCUAAGAAUGCAAUUGCCAUUCUCACUGUGGACGGGCAGUAUUUCCAGGAUAACUCUGCGGUACCUUCGUCGUAUCAAUACUGGGCUGAAAUCGAUAAGAACGGCCACUUCAGCAUCGACCACGUAAUAGAGGGCAAGUACCGACUGACGGUCUACGCCGACGGAAUCUUCGGUGAUUUCAUCCGCGACGGAAUCGCAAUCAAAGCCGGCAAACCAACCACCAUCAAGGAGAAAUGGAUCGCCGAAUCCGCAGGAACUGAAAUCUGGCGUCUUGGAACUCCCGAUAAAUCAUCUGGCGAGUUCCGACGCGGACUGGCCAGGGACACAACACACCCACUCCAGCCUCCAGAGUACUUGAUCUACUGGGGCGCAUAUGACUGGACCUCCGACUUCCCUAACGGAAUCGACUACACGAUUGGGGAAAGCGAUCCGGCGCUAGACUUCAACACGGUACACUGGUCCGUCUUCGGUCCAACGGCCGAUAACCCCGUCGCGGAAUACAACACCACGCAUGACUGGAAGAUUCGAUUUCCGCUGACAGCAAAGCAACUGCACGCGCGCAAAACAGCAACGUUAACCAUCCAGCUCGCCGGGGCAAAAGCCGCGUCGGGAAAUACAGAUGUGUAUAAUGCAUCAGAGCCAUACGUGAAUCUCCCACUGGAGAGCUACAUCAAUGAUAAUGAGGAACCGCUGACGAUGGUCAUCGGGUUCAACCAGUCGAGUAGCUGUAUUGUGCGCUCGGCCGUUAGUUGUUACCAGGUGAGCUCGCGACUGGAGUUCCCGGCUGAGUGGUUGAAGGUUGGCGAGAAUUUGUUGACGCUGCAUCUUCCGUAUAAUGCGACGGAUACCGAGACAGCCGUACUGCCGGCGAGUGUGUAUGUACAGUAUGAUGCGUUGCGGUUGGAGGUUAAAUAG